AUGGAGAUCGAGGCACCCACCUUCAUCUCGCUCAAUAAGCCUCAGAAGCGCGCGCUCAUUCUCCGCGACCAACUUCGCUUUCAUGAUCCGCACCACCUGGAUUUGUUCCUUGAGGGUAUCAGUAACGAUGAGCCACCUAGUUACACCAAAGUGCAUGGUAUCAUCAAGCCUGAGCUGGCCUUGGUCACACUUAAAGAAGAAGCCACACAUCUCGAUCUUGGAAACGUUCAACUACCGGAAGAGCACAACUCGAUAUAUCGCGUUUACCUGAUAGUAGAGAAUGGCCAGAUCCAGAUGCAGACUGAGGAUCCUUUGCCACAAGAUGAAAACGUUCUCGACUCCCAACCUAUUCAUGGCUUCAUUGCUAGGACUAUGGUACCAAUGUUCAAAGAAAAAUUCCAGGCUAUCUUUGCGAGGAUGAACAAGAUCAACGAGGCUAGACGGGCCGCUUACAACAUGCCUAACCAGGCGCCAGUUUUGUUUCAUGAAGGAGAGACACUCGCAAGGCUCGAUCCAGCAAAGGUUGAGCAGGAUUGGACUCUUACUCGUGUGACGAAGUCACGCAAGCGAGCACUAAAUGAGGAGAUCGUUCAACAUGUCUCCAACAAGCGCAAAUGCGUUGGUCUCGAUACAAUCCCUGAAGAUGCGAAGCGAAAGACCUUCGACACAAUUCCGAGCCACGUCAAAGUAGAUUUGUUCAACUCUAUUGUCGAUACGGCAUUCCCAAACUUUAACAACCUGAUGAUUGCGUCCUGGAACGUGAUCACAAUCUAUACGGCUUGCGGUAGCGACUUUCCGGAUCUUCACAAGGCGAUCGUCGAUCUCGAAGGAGUUCUCCAGGAUUUCGACGAGUCUUUUGGUCAGCGCGUUGAUCGAGCCCCGCCUAAAUACAGGUACGACUUUGGUGGACCUUCUCGGGACGGUACGGAUGAGGAUGGGACCCAAGAUCGUAACGGGAGGCGCGAUCAGGAGCGUUACAAGGACUGCGAAGACGAUGACGUUGAUCAUCAUGGGAAUCUCUUCGAAACUCAUGUGCCUGUCUUGGGACAGGGAGGAGUUGGUAACUCUAAUCGAAUUGGCGAUACCACUGCUAACAAAGCGGCGCAGGUGCAAGAGGGCAUUGCUGAACAAAGUGACGGCACGGAAGACCCAGACGGACACGAUGACGAAGACGACCAAGUACCUCCUGGGGAUCCCGAUCUGGCUCUCACGACCGAAGAUCCCAGCAAAGUUUGUGGAUCUGGCUCACAUCAUACGGUAGAAACCCAUGUUGGAGGCCAGGAGCACGCUCAUCAUGUGAAGAGGAUUCGAGAGCAGCACGUUGACGACGACGAUGCUGAAGAUCGUCCCCUCAUUACAUUACGAUCAGGAUCUCGUCGUGGGGCGUACUCAUCCUCCGUUGAAAGAAAGCGCAACGAAGAGCAGCCCGUCGGUAAAGCUAUUCCUAAGACUACACAGAACGCGACCAGCACCAAGGCGUAUUCUGCAGAGCAGACCGAUUUCCCCUCAGAGCUCGAUCAACAAACGCCACAACUACAAGAUGGCCCGACCGCAAACCCGACCUCCGCUUCAACGCCCCAACCUGGGAAGAAGAAGCAGCGCGACAUCUCUAGCUACACCAUCGUCGAACUCGAAAAGAAGUAUAAGGAGCGCGAGGCUCACAUCCUGACUACCUUCGAAAACGACAUGAGCAAGGUCCCGGGGAAGCACCGCAAGGCCCUCGAGUCGAUGAAGGCUCUGCUUGAGGGUCGUAAGAAAGAUGAAGCGCAGGAGAAAGCCAACAAAAUGAGCAAUUCCUCUGGAAAGAUUGGACGUCCGGGUACCAGCAACGGCGGCAUGUUCGGCAAUUAUACUGGCAAAUCUCCCAGCAACCAUCUCGGCAACUCUGUCCUAGGAGCGAAGAAACCAGCAAGCAUCGCGCCGGUGGCGCCAAUGUUUCCGAAUGGCAGCCGAAGAGAUCCGAGGAAUGGUGUUGCACAGGGUAGGACAGGCAACACACCUCCUUACGGGCGUGGCAACUGA